AAAUUUUAUACGGAGUCAUUAAAAAUGUGGGUUCCGACAUGUUUGAAGAAGCUCCAUCGUCACUGACAUUCUAAGGAUCAUAGCUUAAACCUCCCUGUCUACUUUCGCUCCUCACACAAACUGUUCUUUUACCCACUCCUGGUUUCCGGGUCAUGCCCGCACUUACUACUAGCUUAUAUUCUAUAUGUCGGGCUUUCUGAACGAUGAGCUGUCGAAGCGGACGACUGUGUUCGGGUUGAGGUUAUGGGUCGUACUGGGUAUUUGUUUGGGAGCGGCGUUUGUUCUUCUUCUGUUCAUCAUCUCUGUGUGGCUAACGUCCAGGCGCAAUGUCAGGAAAAAGAUCACCGCCUUUCUCCCCCACGCAAUCCCCAUCGUUUCCAAAGAGAUCCAGGAGAUUCGGGUCGACCCGCCGUCUCGGGCCAUGCUUGAAAAUCCGAAGAAUUCUGUGGAUACCGCCCACCCCGUGCCCGAGCCCGAAUAUUUAGGGAAAGAUACACAGAAAUCCGGCGGGGAUAGGAUGGUUCAGGGAGGAAAUGGAAAGGGUCGCAGAAGUUCGUAUUCGGAGCGGGUGGGUUCGUGUGACGGGAGCGAGAAGCUCGGGUCGGGUGAUCAGUCAGUUCCCGAAGUGUCACAUUUGGGGUGGGGUCAUUGGUACACUCUCAGAGAGCUCGAAGUAUCCACAAAUGGAUUUUCUGUUGAAAACGUGAUAGGUGAAGGUGGCUAUGGAAUCGUUUACUAUGGUGUUCUUGAAGAUAAUACGAUAAUUGCUGUGAAGAAUUUGCUCAAUAACAGGGGCCAAGCUGAGAAGGAGUUUAAGGUUGAAGUGGAAGCUAUUGGGCGAAUCAGGCACAAGAAUUUGGUGAGGUUGCUUGGUUUCUGUGUGGAAGGUGCUCAUAGGAUGCUUGUUUAUGAGUAUGUGGACAAUGGAAACUUAGAGCAAUGGCUUCAUGGAGAUGUAGGGCCCCACAGCCCUCUAACCUGGGAAAUCCGGAUGAAUAUUGUUCUUGGAGUGGCUAAAGGGUUGAGCUAUUUGCAUGAUGGGCUCGAACCUAAAGUUAUUCACAGGGACAUCAAAUCAAGCAAUAUUUUGCUUGAUAAGCAAUGGAAUCCAAAGCUAUCCGACUUUGGCUUGGCCAAACUCUUGGGUUCUGAGAAGAGUUACAUCACCACUCGGGUCAUGGGAACGUUUGGCUAUGUUGCUCCAGAAUAUGCUAGUACUGGCAUGUUAAACGAACGAAGUGAUGUGUAUAGUUUUGGAAUCCUUCUUAUGGAGAUGAUUACCGGGAGAAACCCAGUUGAUUAUAGCCGCCCUCCUGGAGAGGUGAACGUAGUUGAAUGGCUUAAAAAUAUGGUUUCAAACCGAAAUGCGGAGGGGCUUUCGGAUCCCAAGUUACAAGAGAAACCUUGUUCAAGGGCAUUGAAACGCAUCCUUUUGGUUGCCCUACGUUGUGUCGACCCCAAUGCUCAGAAGAGGCCAAAGAUGGCUCAUGUUUUACACAUGCUUGAAGCCGAUGAUUUUCCUUACCGUGAGGACCGAAGAUCCAUGGGCAGAGACCCGACGAGACCUCCGCAUCAUCGUGAAGAUUCUGAAAGCACGAUUGGAAAGCAGGCCAUGGGUGAAGAAUCAAUAGGAACAGCAAGCCCCAUAUCUGGCUGAUUGGUUGCCCCCUCCUACACUGCUUCUGCCAUUCAGUGUAAAUAUGGUUCCCUUUUUGCACUUAUAAGUACUGUCCUCUUGUAAGUUUUGUAGCAUGCUAGGUAACUCAUCCAUAAACCUUCCUUAUUUUGUUAUUAUAAUAUAAUAUAAUGACGGUUACAAGAACGUGCCUUUUUGUUACCAGGCCUGUAAAUUACACAAUUUUUUCAUAUUUUUUUAAUUCUAAAUUUCCG